AGUCUAGACUCACUCUUUCAUCACAUCUUUCUAGGUGAGUAUUGCCAUGUAUAUCUUCUCAUAUGUUGGGUCUUAUUUUUAAUUACCAAUAUCGUGACUUGUAUCGAUAGUCUCUCCCUUUCUCUCUCUUUCGUUAUCUCUUGUUUUCCUCGCGUUUCUCUAUUCUCCAUGAUUAAAGAAAAUCCAGACAAUUCAAUUUUUAACAAGUCUACUAGCAAAUGCGCCUAAUACUUUUGCUCAAUAAACUAUUUGCCUUUUUAUCUUUUCCCUCUUACUAAUAUCCAAAACAAAUCCUGCAGUUUAGGAGUAUAGUAAAUGCAAGGGAUUUGUUGCAACACAACAAACAACAACUGCACAAGUGUGACGAACUUUGGAUGCCCUAAUGGCUUCGUCACAGCCCAACCUUACCUCUAGGCUUGAUGCCAAUGCCAACGCUGCUGAAAUCUCAUCGGAAGACGAGGUUUCCCUGCACUCCCACAGUGAGAAUCCGCAGACACGCGGGAUCUCUCUAGAUGACACAGCAUCCCAUGAGUCUAGUUUUGCCGCGGCGACAAAAACAUCCGGCGAUAUUCUACCAAGGGAUAGACUGCUGAAAACUCCUACCUACGACUAUGCAUAUGAAAAAUCAAUGAGCCACACGGAAGCAAAACUUUUCUAUCAGCAUCAUCAGUUCGCCUCACGGAGUGCCGACAGUGAACCUACCUUAAACCCAGUACCUGCAAAUUACAAUGCAGCCGUCACACAGACAGACAGUGCGCCAAGCUAUACACCAACCGUGAUGGAACACAAUGGCUCCCAACACCGCACAGUCAGCACCGUGUGCCAAGAUGAUCCAAUUUCAAAGACUCAGCCCGGUGCAAAUGCCACUCCGCUGUUUGAUCAAUUUGGCGCGCACUUCAUUCAUGAGUACCAGCCCAACGGUCCCGCUGUAGAUGAUACUCACGGUAGUUUCGGGUUGAAUACAAUGCCAUCCAGGUCCCAGGACCAAUUCGGUCAAACUUCAACGGGGGCAGGUAAUGAGCGUUCUGCUAGUGAUAUCUUGGGAACCGCCCAGACCUUGUUGAAUUCUAUGCCAGGCGGCGAUGCUGUUACAUCAGAAUUGAACGUAAUUUGCCGCAAAAUAUUGAGACUCCUCGAUCGGCGAUCCAGAUAUAUGCAACUAUCAUUGCAGGGUCCUGGAGAUAACCCUAAGGAUCAUGCCGAUUGGAAAGUGUAUCCUGCGCCACCAGAACCAGCUUGGGAAGGUGACAAUGAAACUGGAAAAUUUAAUGAUAACUUCCGACCCGAACAGAAGAAGAGAAAAAUGGGUCAAGAUAUCGGGGAAGAUUUUGACAUGGCCGAGUGCCUACCUCUUCCCGAGGCGUCAGACUGGGUUUUCAAGCUCGAUGGGAAUAGUGUGUAUCAAGUGUACGAAACUUAUGGUACCGCCACUACUAAUCAACCUGUUGUACAAAUUCCUUCCCUGAGAGAUUUCUACAUGGAUCUCGAUGCGGUCAUAGAUGUAUCAACGGACGGGCCUGCAAAGAGCUUCGCAUUCAAACGUCUUUCUUACCUGGAGGGAAAGUUUCAGCUAUAUACUCUGCUUAAUGAAUAUCAAGAAAUAGCCGACAGCAAAAAAGUACCUCACAGAGAUUUUUACAAUGUCCGAAAAGUCGACACGCAUGUGCAUCACUCUGCAUGUAUGAAUCAGAAGCACCUCCUUCGUUUCAUCAAAAGCAAGAUGAAAAAAUCACCCGAUGAAGUCGUGUUAUUCAGGGAUGGCAAGCACUUGACGUUGAAGGAGGUUUUUGAAAGCAUAAACCUUACAGCUUACGAUUUGAGUAUCGAUACACUCGAUAUGCACGCACACACAGAUUCUUUCCACCGGUUUGACAAGUUUAACCUCAAAUAUAACCCUGUGGGCGAAUCUCGGCUGCGAGAAAUAUUCCUGAAGACGGACAAUUAUAUUAAAGGGCGUUAUCUAGCAGAGAUAACGAAGGAGGUCAUCUCGGACUUGGAGUCGAGCAAAUACCAAAUGGUGGAAUGGCGUAUCUCAAUAUACGGCAGGUCCAUCCAGGAAUGGGAUAAACUUGCGGCAUGGGUAGUUGAUAAUAAGUUAUUCUCCCCCAAUGUCCGUUGGCUUGUCCAAAUACCUCGACUCUAUGACGUAUACAAGUCGAGCGGCAUGAUGGAAAACUUUGAGCAGGUUAUCACCAACGUCUUCCAACCGCUAUUCGAAGUGACAAAGGAUCCAAAUAGUCAUCCAAAACUUCAUUUAUUCUUGCAGCGUGUGGUCGGCUUUGACAGUGUCGACGACGAGAGCAAAGCAGAGCGACGACUAUAUAGGAAAUAUCCUAUCCCAAGAGAAUGGAAUACGAAACAAAAUCCCCCCUACAGUUAUUGGAUAUACUUCAUGUUUGCAAACAUCGCAUCCUUGAAUAUCUGGCGCAAAAAGCGAGGAUUCAACACGUUCGUUCUAAGGCCGCAUUGUGGUGAAGCUGGUGACCCUGAUCAUCUUGCGGUUGGGUUCCUCUGCUGCCACAGCAUCAGCCAUGGGAUCCUACUCCGGAAAGUUCCUUUACUGCAGUAUUUAUUCUACCUUGACCAAAUUGGGAUUGCCAUGUCGCCUCUCAGCAACAAUGCGCUGUUUUUGACAUAUGACAAAAAUCCAUUUGCCAAUUUUUUCAGGCGAGGUUUGAACGUAUCGUUAUCUACUGAUGAUCCAUUACAAUUUGCGUUCACCAAGGAGCCUUUGAUUGAAGAAUACUCGGUUGCUGCACAGAUCUAUAAAUUUAGCGCGGUUGAUAUGUGUGAGCUAGCUAAACACUCGGUCCUGCAAAGUGGUUUCGAGCUCGCUUUAAAGCAAAGAUGGCUUGGCACAAACUGUUCAGCAGCAGGAGUCCCGGGAAAUAAUGUUGCAAAGAGCAAUGUUCCGGACAUUCGAGAGGGAUUCAGGCAUGAAACGCUGAUAGGAGAGUUGGCAUUGAUUGAAAGAUAUGUUGACAGUUUGAGUACUUACUCAAAGACACUGCCCCUCAGAGGACAGUUGCAACCUAGCUUGGCCACGGAAAAUGAGAACAAUCCAAGCCAUACUUUGCGGAAGGAGGGUCAGGCUACAGCAUCUCCGCAGACUUUUACCGCGGCGAAUCCUCCCAUAUAUUUACAAAACCAGCCCGAGACCAAAAUCGCAGGAGAGGCUUGCUUCACAGGUCCCACUCCUCACCUCCCGGGCCCUAAAUCGGGUGAGGAUACUGGGCCUGAAGCGUUACCAGAACAAAAGAUAUUCCCUGGUAUUGUGCAUGAAAGGGCUCAGCGGGGUAGUAUGUUGACUCGAGCAUUGGCUGAGGAUGACAAGGAUACGAAAGACGGGGGUAAAGGUGUCAACAAUUGCCCCGGUCCGUCCUAAGGCUAAUACAGGGCGAUGCCAUGGGCAUAGUAUUUUGUGUAUCCGGAGCAUGGACCUAUAGGUUAUGUUGUGGUUCAUGACAGGUAACAGUUGCCGUACCCAUGAAUUACUGGCUGUUCGUUGGCUAUUCGGGACAAUUCAGUGGAUCAGAUAUUAGUAUUAACUUUCUCCCGUGGACACGUAGUUGGA